UACACAAUUUUUCAAAACACUGCAAAUCCCACAAACCAAAAAAAAACAACCUCGAAACAAUGGCUGAGAUCCACCAGCCGCAUCACUAUCAACCACAACAGCAACACCACCUACGCCCCGGUGAUGCCAUGAAAGGCAUGUUCUCUGAAGAAAAUCAAGAGGGUCCUUCAACUUCAAAAGUACUAGCAGUUGUGACGCUCUUACCCAUUGGUGGCUUUCUUCUCAUCCUUGCUGGUUUCACAUUUGUUGGGACACUCAUAGGCCUAGCUGUUUCAACCCCACUGUUUGUGAUUUUCUGCCCAGUUCUUAUCCCAGCAGCAAUAGUCAUUGGCUUAGCCGUGGCUGGGAUUUUAACCUCAGGAGCUUUUGGAAUCACAGGGCUUUCUUCACUGUCUUGGAUAGCGAACUAUCUGCGUCAAACAAGGGCGCCGGAGCACAUGGAUUAUGCAAAGCGGCACGUGCAGGACAAGGCUGGUUAUUAUGGUCAGAGAGCCAAGGAGAUGGGCCAGAACGUGAAGGAAAAAGCACAGGAAACUGGAAGAGAGGUUACAGCAAGAGCCCAAGAAGGCAGUGGAGCGUAGAGGUACUGAAGUGAAGACAUGAAGUUUGAGGCCUUAAAAAGAGAGUACGUACUAGGCCUUUGUGGGCUAGUGAUCUGAAAUGAGUUUCUUUAUCGUUUAUGUUUUGCUUUGUUUGCCUUUGUAGGUGUUCUACGAGUCUGUCUUUCAGGGUAAGAGUUUUUUGGUGGAAUAAAAAUGGUGCAAGUGAUGAAAGGGCACGUAAAGCUAUAUUACUGUUUGUUUAUAAGGUUCUCUGUUGGGGUACAUGGGUACUGUUGUAUCUUUUGAAAUAAAUUAAUUGUUAUUCCUUGUGUA